CAAACAAUCCCUUCAAAUGUGUUAGUUUUGAGACAACUAGGAGGGUGGGCUACUUCCUGCAAUCUCUGGUGAGGCGGGUUCCACGCUGUGACUCUCCUCUCGUGUUUGUAUUCUCCCUGGUGCUCCCCCUCAUGUUCCUGAUACGUGGCUGUUUGGGAGAGCCGCGGUGUGGGUCCCCGUCCGCCCCGCAGCAGCAGCAGCAGCAGCAACUGGGAGUCUGCAGGAACUCAGGCUAUUGGAUGGCAGGGACACACUGGUGCACAGACUGUCGAAACCACAAGCAUCACAGGCUCCAAGUGUUUUUUGGGCUGAGAGACGGAUGAAAGGUGGGAGCUGUUGGAGGCCCAGCUGGGCUGUCGCUGCUCUGUUUGUCCCUGCUGCUCUGCUGAUGCUCACCUCCAGGGGAGCAUCAAGCAGCCAGAAGAUGACACAAACCUCUAUGGCUCAUGCGACGGCUACAGCUGCGGGACCGGGCCCCAGUCUGGCAGAUGACCUCCCCGGCCUGCAGGCGGUCGCAGACUUUUUAACCAGUGAACACACGCAUGUAUGGGUCCUGUCCCUGGUGGGGUCAGUCGCUGUGGGCCUCAGCGGGGUUUUCCCUCUGCUGGUUAUUCCUAUUGAAGCAGGAGCUGCCCUCCAAACUGAAGCUGGAUGCCAGAAGCUGAAGCAACUCUUGAGCUUUGCUAUUGGUGGUCUCCUUGGUGAUGUGUUUCUUCACCUCCUUCCUGAAGCGUGGGCGCUCUCUGGCCCUCCAGCUAACAAACACAACCACUACAUGACCCAAGGCUUGUGGGUACUCAUUGGUCUGUUUGUCUUCCACCUCUUGGAGAAAAUGUUUCCAGAUCAAGACGGCCUCAAGGAUGCCCCCCCAAAUUCAGACCUGAAUUUUAACCUGUCUUCAAGUUCAGCUUUCGGCGUCAAAGCGGAGGCAUCACUCAGAAACGGACACCAUGCUGAGUCAUGGAAAUCCUCCAAGCUACAGAGUCUGCAAGACGGCUCAGAGAAAAUUAAGACUAGUGGAUACCUAAACCUUCUGGCCAACUGCAUUGAUAACUUCACCCAUGGACUGGCAGUAGCUGGAAGCUUCUCAGUGAGCAAGAAGGUUGGAUUCCUCACCACAUUUGCUAUCCUGCUUCACGAAAUCCCUCACGAGGUGGGAGACUUUGCCAUUCUGCUGCGAGCCGGGUUCGAUCGCUGGAGCGCCGCCCGGUUGCAGCUAUCUACAUCUCUGGUUGGGGUCUUAGGAGCUUGUUUUGCCCUCUGUGCUCAGUCGCCCAAAGGUGCAGAAAACGCCUCUGGCUGGAUUCUGCCUUUCACUGCGGGGGGUUUCCUCUACAUUGCCUUGGUUAAUGUUGUGCCUGACCUGCUGCAGGAGUCCAGUUUAAGACAAUCCUUGUUACAAAUACUGCUCCUCUUCUGUGGGGUUGGUACCAUUGCUUUGCUCUCAGCCAUUGUCGAGUGACCGUGGGAGGAGAACACUCUCUUGCCUUAAAACACUACUACUGGAUAGGAACCGUCUUCCCCACCAGCCUCUUAUUCACAGAAAUAUACUGACGAGGAGAUUUCUGACAUCACAGCCAAGGAACACUAAAGCAAAUAUCUGACAAGGAGCAGCACUUUAUGUAGGGAUGACCAAAAGGAAGACUGUCGUGAUCAGAAGACAAGACGUUAGUACUUGGACACUUUGAAAUGUGCCGUACUUAAUUAUCCAGAAUCAGAAAAAGGUCUGUUUGGAAAUCUGUUACCAAAUAGUUUUUUUGACAAUCACGAUGCUUUGCACAUACAUUUACAACCAGGUACACGUGACGUACAAUCUCAUAACUAACAUAAUAACUCUGGUUCCCUGCAAAAGAGGUAUUUCUAGCCCAGAGCUGAAGUUCACCUGGUGUUUUUUAGAUGUUAUUCUGUCAGUACUGUUUGCUAUCAGUUUUUAUGUAGCUUCUGAAUAUUUAUUGAAAAUGAAAACUGUUUUAAUCACUC